GAGAAGAAGUCGAAGUAGUAAAUUUGCUCAGGGCUGAUAGUCCAACGGUUCAUCUCUGCCGCUGGCAAGAGGGUGAAUAAUUUAUAAAGCCGUUAUCCAACAGCCAGGGAAAAGGACAUUAGCAUUUUAAUGAAAACAAUAUAGGCAUUGUGUUAAAUCUUUGCAUUCUUCUCCUUCUUCCUUCUCUUCCUCCAGGAAAGCUCUUCUAUCAAGUGCUUUGAAAACAGCUGACGCUGCCGGAUAAUGUGCUGACGAGCAUUAUGGGCAGGCGGUACCCGGGAGCCCACUAUCGUCAAAGCAAUUCAUUUGAUUCCGGUGUGGAAACCUUGGCGGGGUUUAUGGCAAGUAACGGCACGUCAGACGUUGUGAAUCGGAAUGGACCCGCCACGCCCCCCAACACCCUUCACCUGCGCUCCUCCCACAACGAACUGCUGAAUGCCGAAAUCAAGCAUACGGAGGUCAAGAAUGGCACCCCUCCCAAAUGCAGGAAGAAAUACGCCCUGACCAACAUUCAGACGGCCAUGGGUCUUUCAGAUCCUGCAGCCCAGCCUUUGCUGGGCAGCAAUUCCUCCAACAUAAAGCUGGUGAAAAACGGAGAAAACCAACUUAGGAAAGCAGCUGAGCAAGGACAGCAGGAUCCCAAUAAAAACCUCGCUGCUCCGUCAGUGACGACGGGUCUAAACAUAACUUCUGAGAAGUUGGAGGGGAAGGAACCAAGCCAACAGGACUCUUCCAGCAGCGAAAUCCUGCCCACCCAACACCGAAGAUCGAAGAGCUUCCUAAACUACUAUGCAGAUCUGGAGACAUCAGCCAGGGAGGUGGAACAGAAUUAUGGGGAGAGCCAAGUGAUGGCGGAGGAGAAGUUGCCUUCACAAUGCAAUAGCCAAGCCUCCGUGGUCAUGGUGAAUGGAGAUACCUUGACUCAGAAGCAAAACAAGGCAGCAAGUCCCGAAGAUGGGCCAGCAGCAACCAUCUCUUCCAGUCCAGAGACUAAAAAGGAUCAUCCUAAAACGGGGGCCAAGACAGAUUGCGCGCUACACAGGAUCCAGAACCUGGCUCCGAGCGAUGAAGACUCUAGCUGGACCACAUUGUCUCAAGACAGCGCUUCUCUGAGUUCUCCGGAUGAAACGGCAGAUAUUUGGAGCGAUCAUUCCUUUCAAUCCGAUCCUGAUCUUCCACCGGGUUGGAAGAAGAUCAGCGAUAUAGCGGGAGUCUAUUACUGGCACAUACCCACAGGGACCACUCAGUGGGAACGCCCCAUCUCGGGGCCCACAGAUCUUCAAUGUUCGAGAAAAGGUUCCCUGAGUUCUCUCACCUCAUCGCCUACUCCAGAAACCGAGAGAGAGCCAUGGAGUGAUUUUGCGGUGCUGAAUGGGGGAAAGAUUAAUAGUGACAUUUGGAAGGACCUUCACGCGGCCACCGUGAAUCCGGACCCCAGUUUAAAAGAGUUCGAAGGGGCGACCUUGCGAUACGCGUCCCUGAAGCUCCGAAAUGUCCCGCAGUGUGACGAUGAUGAUUCCUGUAGCAUCAACAGCGAUCCGGAGGCUAAGUGCUUCGCUGUUCGUUCCUUGGGAUGGGUAGAGAUGGGGGAGGAAGAUUUGGCGCCUGGAAAAAGCAGCGUUGCGGUGAACAACUGCAUCCGGCAACUCUCGUACUGCAAAAACGACAUAAGAGACACCGUCGGCAUUUGGGGAGAGGGAAAAGACAUGUAUCUCAUCCUGGAGAACGAUAUGCUCAAUUUGGUUGACCCCAUGGAUCGUAGCAUUCUUCAUUCUCAGCCCAUCGUUAGCAUCCGAGUUUGGGGAGUCGGUCGAGAUAAUGGCCGGGAUUUCGCCUAUGUCGCCAGAGACAGAGAGACCCGGAUUUUGAAAUGCCACGUGUUCCGAUGUGACACCCCAGCGAAAGCCAUCGCCACGAGCCUCCACGAAAUCUGUUCGAAGAUUAUGGCUGAACGGAAGAAUGCUAAAGCUGUUGCUUGCAACCCAUUGCAGGAACGGUCAAACGUCGCUCUUGAGGUUCCUUUGCAAGAUUUUCCAACACCAAAGACUGAAUUGGUCCAGAAAUUUCAAGUACAGUACCUGGGCAUGCUACCUGUAACUAAGCCAGUGGGUAUGGACAUGCUGAACGGCACUAUAGAAAACCUUAUGGAGUCCUCUAACAGAGAAGACUGGACACCUGUCACCAUGAAUGUUGCUGAUGCUACUGUUACCGUCAUCAGCGAUGGAAAUGAAGAGGAGAUUGUGGUGGAAUGUCGUGUCCGCUUCUUGUCUUUCAUGGGCGUGGGAAAAGACAUACAUACAUUCGCCUUCAUUAUGGACGCGGGAAACCAGCAUUUCGAGUGUCACGUCUUCUGGUGCGAACCCAACGCUGGUAACGUCUCCGAGGCUGUUCAGGCUGCCUGUAUGCUGCGGUAUCAGAAGUGUUUGGUCGCCCGACCUCUUUCUCAGAAAGUCCGCCCUCCUCCUCCUCCAGCAGACUCCGUGACAAGGCGGGUCACCACCAACGUGAAACGCGGAGUCCUGUCCCUGAUUGACACUUUGAAACAGAAGCGUCCUGUGACUGACAUGCCAUGACGGACCUGCGGGUUCACCCACCCCCAGGCGUUUCCCCCCAAAACGUCACGCAAAAAAAGAGACAGCCGCUGCGUUUUAAAAGAAAGACGACUGGAUGAAGGCCUUCCCUUCCUUCCUUCCUUCCUUCCUUCCGUUGGAAAUCUUCACUUUCAGAAAAGUUACGGGAAAAUAUUAUUAGACAAGCAUGUUCUCACUCUUGCCGCCACCGAGUAAUAUUGAAAAGAAGCAUGACCUUUUCUUUUUUUUAACGUUCUUUUUUUUUUUUUUUGCUCCUUGUGAGAUCCGAGAAGUGGAAGGCCUUGCUUUCUGAUUGUAAAUAGGACGGACGUGACUUCGAUUCACACAUCCGGAAGGGGAUGGGUGCAUCAGAUGACAGUUCAUCUUUGCAAAGAACCCAACCCGAGGAAUCCCAUCGCUCCUGAGCACUUUCCCUCUUUUUUUAACAGUGAAUUUACACAACCAAGUAUUAGUUAACUCUUGUAUUAUUAUACUACUAAUACCAAGCUUCUUAUUUUUUACAAAAAGAGCAUUCGUGAUUAACCUUCAGUCUUGUGCGCCGUAGUCAUCACUUCGUCUCGGAGAGGCCAGUCAGGUGUCCUGCCGUGGAGAGAGAAGACCCCGUCCACGCAGGAAGGAUUGUGCCAGCCAGGUGACAACACCUUGUGGCCAACCCCGUUGCAUGCGUAGGUCACACCGCACAUCCAAGUGUCGCAGCAUCUGUUCCUUCAUUUGUCUCUUUCUAGCACAAAUGUACGUACGGUGAAGAAGACGGACGUGUACCAUAAAAUAUCUCUCUGUGUGGUCUGCGUGGUUUUUCUUUCCAGAGAAGGGCUGCCCGCGUGGGAAACCAACACCAUAUUUGAAGUGGCCUUCAGUCCGAAAUUGCGUUUGUUUACAUACUGGUCCAUGUUUGAGAAGUUCGGCAGGAUAAACCGGGUUUUAUUUUGGAACAGACUCCACCGCCCCAAUGCUUAUGACGCCAAGGCUCAAGUGCCUCUUAUCCUUUCAUAGAUCCAGGUUAUUCUUUUUCUACAUCUCACCGGGCGACAGGCGCGGAACUGACCACUUGAGCCUACAACUGAUGGCUUCCCCUCAUGAUAAUAUAUAUAGAUAUAUAUAUAAAAAUAAUGUCGGUGAAAACAAAAGUUCCUUUUCUUACUGAUAGAUUUGCACGCAAGCACCCUGGAUUUCCUCUGGACUGAAGUCCUGGACAUUCAAAUUGUGUCCUUCGUUGUUGUUGUUGUUGUUUUUUUUGUUUUGUUCUGCGAGAUCCAUUCUACUUUGCAGCUUUCUUAGGGACUUUGAUUGGGACGGCGAGGUUGACGUAAGAAACCCGGCUUUCCCGCGGUUAGAUGUUUGGGUUGGAACGCAGAUUUAGAUGUUACGGCGGUUUGGCUUCGGGAAAACCGGAGGAGCCCCUGUCAUGCCAAGCACACCCCCUUUGCGGUGGUUCCUUCUACCUUGUGAUUGCACCUUAACGCAACCUGUGGUUUCCAUUGACCAGGAGUGUCUGUAGGGUUUGGUUAAAACAAAACAAAACACGAAACUGAAGUCAAGAUGAUGGCCACAAGACCGGCAUUGAAGCACCACCUGGUGGUUACGGGCAUCACAGGUGGCGCUUCGGUCUCACUGCUGUGGCUCUCACUUUGAUGCUUGGAUCACACCUGGCUGAUGCCCUUGUGGCUGUCGACUGUUUAAUCCGUUUGUUUGUACUUUUGAUCAUUUGUAUACCGUGUCGCACGAGUUCACCUGAUGCUCUUCCAAAGGAAGCAGCUUCGAAUUCCCCAGGGAUAGAUAGCCUCUUGGGGGGAGGGGGGGGCAAUGGAAAAAGUGAAGUGAUGGUCUCGAGAGGAAGACUAGGGAAGCCACCUAAGAUUUCUUGGAAGCAAGGAUGAUGAUCUGUUGACUGAUGCUCUCGGUCACAGCCUCUUGGAGAGGGACAGAUGGAACGACGAUUCCCACAGGACCAAGCAUUCAAAAAGUGCACACUUAACAAGCCAAAACCUCACUCCAUUAUCCUGUCCCGUCUAAAAGACGGGAGUCAUAACAUCCAUCAGCCUGGAACCGUGAUGGCGAACUUAUGGAGGUAGCACACAGAGCCCUCUCUGUAGGUACGCACGCCAUCGCCAGCUGCUCUUUUGGUCCCCAGCGCACAUGCUGGUGUGCCGGCCAGCUGGUCUUCGGGUUUCUGGCGCUCUGGUGCACGCAUGCGCAUUCCGGUUUGGGCAUUCAGUGCUGAAAAGAUUUGCCAUCACUGGCCUAGAACAAGGUUUCACAAACUUGGCAACUUCAAAAUUGUGUGGACUUCAUCUCCCAGAAUUCCCCAACCUGGCUGGCUGACUGGCUGGCUGAGAAAUUCUGGGAGAUGAAGUCCACAGGUCUUGAAGUUGCCAGGUUUGAAAAAAAAGAAAGAAAAAGAAAAACCACCAAUCACCUUCCUUGAAUGGUUGUCCUUUGAAUGGUUUGGACAGCGGUUGCUACAGCAAAAGAUCUAACCUUGUGAGAUGUUACCAGGUUCUUGGACAAUUGUUUUUCCAGCUCUAGGAAAAACACCAACCGUGCCUUCCCAACGCUCGUCUCUUCUGCUUACGCUUGACACAAUUUUGUCAGCCUAAACAAACGCUGAGCUUGUCGAUCGAAAGGUCGGCAGUUCAGCGGUUCGAAUCCCUAGCGCCGCGUAACAGGGUGAGCUCCCGUGACUUGUCCCAGCUUCUGCCAACCUAGCAGUUCGAAAGCAGGUAAAAAAAAUGCAAGUAGAAAAAUAGGGACCACCUUUGGUGGGAAGGGAACAGCGUUCCGUGCGCCUUUGGCGUUGAGUCAUGUCGGCCACGUGACCACGGAGAUGUCUUCGGACAGAGCUGGCUCUUCUGGCUUUGAAAGGGAGAUGAGCACCGGCCCCUAGAGUCAGGAACGACUAGCACGUAUGUGCGAGGGGAACCUUUACCUUUUAAACACCACUUUAUAAAUGUGCUCUUUUCCUACAUAAGUAUAGAAGUGUAAACUGGCCCUGAGCCAGAGAGCCACACGGAUCAAAAGAAGCAACUGGGAAUAAGAUAAGAGUAGUAGAAAGCCAAGGUGGACUUCCAAAACUUUCAGUUCUUCAGUUCUCUCAGAAAAGCCCGCUCUUUUUCCUUCUUGCUCCAAAGAAUGGUUGUUGCUUGGUUCAGUGUCGAGUUAAGCUUUUGAUAUUCUCUAGAGCUGUGAUGGCGAACCUUUUCAGCACCAAGUGCCCAACCCGGAACGUGUGUACAUGUGAGCGCACCCAAGCAUCGGAAACAGAAAUGCCAGCUGGCCAGCGCACGAAUGCCUGUUUUUGGGCCGUUUUCAGGCCAUUUUGGGGCCAUUUUCAGGCUGUUUUUGGGCCAUUUUUCGGGCUGUUUUUGGCCCGAAAAAAGGCCCUGAAAAUGGCCGAAAAAUGGCCUCUUUUUUUUUUUGUCCAUUUUGGGGACAUUAUGGGGGCAUUUUCAGCCUUUUCUUUUGGGCUGUUUUUGGCCCGGAAAAAGGCCCUGAAAAUGGCCGAAAAACACCCUGUUUUUUGUCCAUUUGGGGGGGCCAUUUUUAGGCUGUUUGGGGGGCAUUUUCAGGCCUUUCUUUCAGGCUGUUUUUGGCCCAAAAAAGGGCCCUGAAAAUGGCCGAAAAAUGGCCUGGGUUUUUUUUGUCCAUUUGGGGGCCAUUUUUAGGGCAUUUUGGGGUAUUUUUCAGGCCUUUCUUUCGGGCUGUUUUUGGCCCGGAAAAAGGCCCUGAAAAUGGCCGAAAAACGUCCUGUUCUUUAUCCAUUUUGGGAGCCAUUUUCAGGCCAUAUUUCGGGCUGGUUUUGGCCCGGAAAAAGGCCCUGAAAAUGGCCCCAAAACGGCCUGCUUUUUGACUAUUUGGGGGUGCGUUUUUGGGCCGUUUUCAGGCACUCCGACACCCACGAAAACCGUCUGGCACGCUAGAAACCAGAACAGCAGCUGGCGACGGCGCGCGUGUCCACAGAGAAGGCUCUGUGUGCCACCUCUGGCACGCGUGUCAUACGUUCGCCAUCGAGGCUCUAGAGGCAGCAGAAAAUUGCCUGUGGUUCACACCAGAACAUCAAAGGAUGGUGACACAAUCACAAUCCCCUUCAACCCAUUGCUUCCCGGGGCAGCCAGUUCACAAAUUCCCAAUGUUGGCUUCUUGUGCAUGUGUGAACUAGGUCACAGGUCUCCACGUCGAAAACCAGAGUCUUCCUCCGUUUUUAAGCUGUUAUAGCUGUCUAGAUAGAUACUUGUAUAAUUCAGGUCAACGCAACUUUUACAGCAAGGCCAUUUUUUUUAUUGUCUGGUGUUCUGACCUAACCACCUAUGCAAAGAAGACAGACUUCUGGGUGAGGGAAAUAAACCUACAUGGGUAUGAAAACUACCGGCUGUUAUGAACAUGGAAACGAUAAACCCAGUUUUCCUUAACUUGCUCUGGCCUAAGGCCACCGGUUGCAGCUCUGUUGAAGAGCCCGAUUUUUUAUUUUUUAUUUUUGAAACCUCAGCUCAUUUUUUUAGAAACUGCAUACUAAUUAUUAAUGUUUAUUCUUUUGAAUAAGGGAUGCGGUGGCUCAGGGGCUAAGACGCUGAGCUUGUUGAUCGAAAGGUCGGCAGUUCAGCGGUUCGAAUCCCUAGUGCCGCGUAACGGGGUGAGCUCCCGUUACUUGUCCCAGCUCCUGCCAACCUAGCAGUUUGAAAGCAGGUAAAAAAUGCAAAUAGAAAAAUAGGGGCCACCUUUGGUGGGAAGGUAACAAUGUUCCGUGCGCCUUUGGCAUUGAGUCAUGCCGGUCACAUGACCAUGGAGACGUCUUCGGAUAGCGCUGGCUCUUCGGCUUUGAAACGGAGAUGAGCACCGCUCCCUAGAGUCGGGAACGACUAGCACGUAUGUGCGAGGGGAACCUUUACCUUUAUUCUUUUGAAAUGUUAAUUUGGAAUGAUCUCGUAAGGGACCGGCAAUGCAAAUCAACUUAACAUUUUAACCCAGGAACUGGGAAGAGUCCACAUUGACAAAAAUCAAAACCCCGCCCCUUUUAGACAUAAGAGGGCGGGGCUGUGUUGGAUGGAUCUGGCCACCAUUUUGAAUUUUUUGACCUGAAACACACCCUAUGGAUGCCGCUACCCAGGAAUUCUGUGUAUUUCCUAAUCCAUUUUUUUUCCGGAACUGUCAAUCUGUUGGGCAGCCAAUGGAGAAAACGAAAUAUUUUUAUUUUUAUUUUAGGGCGGCUGACCGAAGGAAUAGGAGUUUUAAACCCAAAGGUGCUUUUUUCCAAAUUGCCAAGCACCUGAACUUUGCUCAGGGAUGCCGCAAGAGUGGUGCGGUGGCCUAGAGGUUGGAGCUCUCCUCACAAUCGGGAGGCUGUGAGUUCGAUCCUAGGUAGAGGUAGAUAUUUCUCUCUCUGCCGAAGAGAACAUAUUCUCACAAUGAGAAUAUAUCUGCCGAAUAAAACUCCGCAUUGGUGACAGGAAGGGCAUCUGGCCAGUAAACAGCUUUAUUCAGUUGCCCAAGACUCCACCCCCCGCAAGGGAUUACGGGGUCAUUAAAAGAAGAUGAUGAUGAAUUGGACUUCCUUGGGUUUUUUUCCCCUUUGAAAUCAUUUAAGGAUGAGAAGCGAAACAUUUUUAAGGGACAACAACAACAGCAAGGAAAUCCAGUUGCCUUAUGGAAAAAGCACCUUUGGGUUUAAAACUCCUAACAGCCCAAAACAAAAAACCAGGAUUUUGGGUUCUCCGUUGCCUGCCGAACAGAUGAGUGUUCCAGAAAAACGGGCUUAGGAAAUACACAGAAUCGCUUCCCUUCUCAUCCUGAAGAACUGAAGAAGCUUCCUGGGUGAGAAGCGAAAUGUUUUCAAGGGGGGUAAAAAACCCACAAACACCAAGAAAAUACAGUUGGUUUUAGAAAAAGCAACUUCGAGACAACUGUGGAUGUUGAAGAAUCUCCGUAGAAGGGAGUUUUAAAUUUGAAUUUUAAGAUUUCGGUGUUGGGCUGGCUGGCAACGAACCCAUUUCAAAUUUUUUUUUGGGAACACAUUUGAAAAAUCUGAAUUUGAUUUUUAAAAAUUUUAAGUUUUGGUUAACAGAAACGUUUUUCGGAAACUCCCGGUGGGCGAGCAAGUUCAGGAUGACAUGUUCUGUAUCCAGGAAACCAGGUUCUUUCCCCGCCAUGCCAUGCCACGCCCUGUCCCGCCCCACCCCACCCUCCCACAAGCAAAAGGAAGACAGUGUGAACAAACCCCAAUGAUUUUAACACAACAUGGUUAUGCUGUUUUUGUGAUCUAUGCAUUCUUUUGUGUCUCUUUGUAAGGAGCGAUGAUGCCUGGUUGUGUUUGGGAUGAACCAAUUUCAACGCAGCUUCAAAUGUUUUUGCAGGCAGUCCUCGCCUUACGACCGCAAUUGAGCCCAACAUUUCUGUCGCUAAGCGAGACGCUUGUGAAGUCAGUUUCGCCCCGUCUUACGACUUCUCUUGCCGCCUUUUGUUCUGUGGACGUUAAAAUUAGUAAGCACGGUUGUUAAGCGAAACUGGCUUCCCCCUUGACUUUGUCAAAAGGUCGCCGAAGGGGAUCACGUCCGUCAUAAAUGCGAAACCGGUUGCCAAGCGUCUGAAAUUCGAUCCCAUGACCACAGGGGGGGUGCUGCCACGAGUGAAAAAUGUCCAUAAGUCGCUUUUUUUCAGUGGCAUCGUAACUUCAGACGGUCACUAAAUGAAGUGUUGUAAAUCGAGGACUAUCUGUAUUCCGUUUUUAACCAAACUACCCAUUUAUGGAGCAGCCAGAUGCAUCAGUCCAGCCCUAAUUAAACAAGAGUGUAUAUCAUAGGCUGCCAAAAGUCGGAGGAAUUUUCUAUUAUUUGUAGUCACUUUUUUAAUGAUGUUAACGAUAAAAAUGAUGUGCAAUGACUUAUUUUUGGGGGGAAACACGCAAGCCAACUUAGAUCCUGCUUUCACAGGGCCACCUCACUGAUCUACGCAAGAAAGGGGGUUUAAUUAUAAUUAAACUAAUUUGUAACCUCUUCAUGGCUUUCCUCUCCCUUGGUCCACACACAGCAUCGGCCUCGUUGAAAUAAAAAAUAAAAAUGAAGACAUAAGAAACGGCAUGAAAAUCCUGUUUUCUAAGGCAAGGAGUUCUCCCUGAUAAAAAAACUCGUGUGUGCAGAAUUAUCAGGCUUGGGAAUAAAGAAAAACAGAUGGGGCAUGUUUUAUCCGUAAGUCGAAAAGCAAUAUCUUGAAAAGCGUUUUUCAAAAUUUCCAAGAAUUGCAUCUUUUUAGAAGAAUUCUGAAGACAAUGAAACAGCAGGCUCGUCGGGGGGGGGGGGGGGGGGGGAGAAAAAAAAUCUACUUUUAUUGUCCCAAAAGUGUUGGUUUUUUUCUCCUCCAAAAGCAACCCGACAUUGUUUUUCCUUUGAAGACGUUUCACUUCUCAUCCGAGAAGCUUCUUCAGUUCUUGGACGAGAAGCGAAACGGUUUCAAGGAAAAACAAUGAAACGUCUUCAAAAGAAAAGAAAAACCAAGGAAGCCCCUUUGGGACAACCAUAACCUGGAUGACUUGAGACUCUCCAAAAUACAUCUAGUUUUAUUGUGUCCUCCUCCAAAAAUCACUGCGUCUCGAUCGCCUUGAUCGAGACCCCUUGUCGUUUUGAUCCUUAGCUCCUCUCUCGGGCCUCACGAGUUUAAAAGAAAAAAAUACGUACAUUAUUUUAUUUUUUUUUGCCCCUUUUCCGUCGAAGGGAACAAAACACGCAGAGUUUAUCCGCAAGAGCUCCUUGUGUUUAGACCGAAAUGCUCUGUUUGGAAACGAAAGGUUUUCUUUUUCCAUUCCCCCCUGACGUUGUCCACCUCUGACACCUUUAAAUGUAAUCCAUUGCAAGAAUAAAUUUAAUUACAUCAA